AUGCCUACCAGACAACCCGUGGGACCGAGGGCAGCAAAGGAUGACUUCAUGAAGGCGCUGGGCUUAAAUACUAGCGACCCCCGCCACGAAGGAUAUUACAAGGCCAUGCGAGAGGAAGCCAUUGUCGUAUACAAUCGACUAAACGCGGAUCGCUCCAACCUGAUAGACGACAAGCGGAACGACUCGUCAAUAACAACACCCUUUUUCUGGCACCACAUUCGACAAGACCGUCGCCGACAAGCCAUCAUUGACACUUGGCAACAGGCCAAGCCAGGCACCGUCGCUCGAACACUUUUCGACCAAGGGGCCACUACCGGCGAGCAUGCUCCGAAUUGGGUGACCUUGUGGCUCUUGUACAGUGUAUUUCGGUCGAGAGAUAUCCGAAAUAAUCGGAACCGUCGGGCUGGCGAGGGGAGUAGUACUGCAGGCCAUGGCAGCUCGAGUUCAGGCGACUCGCAGAUAUUCGACCCUGCACGAGACCAGUUCGUGCGGCGAUGA